AUGAGAGACCAGGUGGAAUGUUUGUUGCGUCGGCUCGUUCGACGAAUACCGACUGAAGUUCUAAAAGUGACGCUGGAGAAGUGGGGCCGCCUGACGGUGGCUCAACAACAAAACAUCGACUUUAAGCAGACAAAAUGGGCGUUGGCAGACGAAUUUAUCGCCCUAAGUGAGGAAAACGGAUGGACUAUUCGUCAAAUAGCAGAGUUGGAAAUGAUAUAUGUUAUUGACAAUCCAGACCAGGGCAUGUGGCAUGCGUUCCAACUCGUGGAUCCUGACACUGAUGCUUCAAGUGUUGGAUUGAUACAGUUCAAAGAAAAGUUCAAAUCCAACCUCAGCUAUCUCGUAAGACAUGUUUCUAUCAAGAUGAAGAAGAACACUGAUGAGGCAAUAUGGAUCCGCAUUGCAUGGGGCGAUAGCUAUUCUCGACCGAACAACAUGAUACCAACAUAUGUUGUUCACUAUCUCCAAACCCCUUAUGUGUUUGUGACAAGAAUGACAUCCAAGCAAAAGCCCCUCUUGUCCCAGGCCUUGAUUAUAGCAACCCGACAUCAGGGUAUUAAAGAUGCUAAACUCAGUGGCCGAAAACUCUCAGCAAUUCGCGACCUCCUGAUGCAGCAGUAUGAUCAGGUUUUCCCUGCCAAGUAUCCCAUCCCUCUUCAAGAAAGGAGUCAAAUAGCCUUACACCCCCACUUACAUCGAGAACAUGCAAAAGUUGAAGAAAAUCGACAUCAGUUGGCCUACGAAGCGUUUGGUGGUGGCAAGUUACCGCAGCUACAGUCUGUGGUUUACAAGCUGGACACAAAGUUCAAGGACCCAACCAACCAGGCGAUGAUGGAACGAGAGAAGCCGUUCAAGUGUGUCGUCACAUUUGCGAGCACCAACCUACUAGAGUCACUGCGGCACUGCGCUUCUUCAGGAAUUGCUUCAACUCCUGUAACACCUCUGCUUUCGUCCAUCCCCCGAAAAGGAAGAAAUUAUUUCGUCAUUACAGACCGUGUCCAAGCACCUUCCACAAAAAUGAAUCAGCCAACAAAUCCAUCCGUUUCUUAA